CUUUACAGGACCAAGUUUAACCUUGUUGAAGCGGACUUAUUAUUUAGGAACUUAGCCGGAAUAACUUACACAGUGAACACCAUUUGCUUAUUAUCACGUCUCCCCCAAUACGCAUAAACAAAAGAUAAGAGGACAUGUCGAGUUCAGAGGACGACAUCAACAAUGUCAACAAAGUAUCCGCUGGAGACAUCGCCAUAAAGCCCAUCGACGAUGAGGAUAACACGUCCGUCAUGAUGACAUUUGACAACCAAAAGCCCUCGCCGCUGAUCAUUUUCUUAACCAUCGUGUCGUCCAUCACAGGGUUCAUGUUUGGUUAUGAUACCGGUUAUAUAUCGUCGGCACUCGUGGCCAUCGGCACGGACCUGGACGGCAGACAGCUCACUUACGGUGAUAGAGAAUUCAUCACCGCUGCAACUUCCCUAGGUGCUUUGAUCUUUGCAGUCUUUGCAGGUAUGCUUGCGGAUUAUUUUGGCAGAAAGCCAAUGAUCAUGGUGUCCAACGUUCUCUUUGUCGUAGGAGCGGCUAUCCAGUGCGCCGCUGGCUCAUUCUGGGAAAUGACCGUGGGCAGAUUCAUCAUGGGAUGGGCCAUCGGUAUCGGAUCAUUGUGUGCUCCAAUGUUCAUCGGAGAAAUUUCUCCGUCGAGGUUCAGAGGCCGUCUGACCGUGAUCAACGUCCUGUGUAUCACCGCUGGUCAGUUAGUGGCUUAUGCCUGUGGUGCUGGGCUAACACAUGUCCAUAACGGUUGGAGGAUUCUCGUCGGCCUGGCGUUGAUCCCAGCCGUGUUGCAGUUUGUCCUUUUCGUCUUUCUCCCGGAUACUCCUCGUUACUACAUCAUGAAGGGUAAACUGGACAAGGCCUGUAAAGUGCUUGCGAAGACACACCUUGGCGCCACAGAGGAUCUGAUCCAUGAUAAAGUUGAUGAGUUGUCACGCUUGAACAAUGCCAUCCCGGGCAAGAACCCAAUGGUUCGUAUGUUCAACGCAAUGAAGAGACUACACACUGUGCCUUCGAAUUUCAGAGCGGUUAUCAUCGCGUGCGGGCUGCAAGGUAUCCAACAGUUCACAGGUUUCAACUCGCUGAUGUACUUCUCUUCAACGAUAUUUGAAGCUGUUGGGUUCAACAACUCCACCGCGGUAUCCGUUGUCAUCGCUGCUACGAACUUUUUCUUUACCAUCCUGGCCUUCUUCAUCAUCGACAGAGUUGGAAGACGUAACAUGCUGUUGUUGGCCAUCCCUGGUAUGAUUGUAUCUCUUGUGAUCUGUGCCAUUGCAUUCCAUUUCAUCCAUAUCGAAUUUAGUGGCAACGACGCAUUGAUUGAAGGUGACGGCUCAAUCACAGGCUGGGGCAUUGUUGUGAUCAUUGGAAUGAUCCUCUUUGUUGCCACGUAUGCUAUUGGUAUCGGUAACGUUCCAUGGCAACAGUCUGAGCUGUUCCCACAGGAUGUUAGAGGUGCCGGUACUUCGCUAUCGACCGCAACCAACUGGGCUGGUUCUCUUGUGAUUUCCUCUACAUUCUUAACCAUGUUGCAGAACAUCACACCAACUGGUACCUUUGCACUGUUUGCUGCUCUCUGUGUCGUGUCCUGGCUCUUUGUCUUCUUCUGCUAUCCAGAGCUAUCUGGUCUGGAGUUGGAGGAGACUCAACAGGUUUUGACUGGCGGCUUCAACAUCAAGGCCUCCAAGAUCCUUGCAAAGAGACGUAGACAGAGGGCCACAGACGAGAUCAUCGAGCACAACGGGCUGACUAAACCGGCUUCGGUCUCGUCAUCAGCAGAAACGUAAACUCGAGAGAUGUGCAUCUCAUUGAUUUGGCCCCAUUGUUUAUUUUGUUAUUCACGGAAUUGAACGAUUCCAGAGUCAUUGGCCUUGUCCAUUUCGAUGACUCCCCAACCAUACUACCAAGGUGAUAUCCUAAUUACUCUAAUGACAGCUACUUAACACCGUGAAACUGUACAACUGUAAA